AUGGACUCCACAAGGCUUAGGAAGGCUUUCAAGUAUCCCCCUGAUGACGACGGCGAUGGGUCACAAGAAGCUAUGGACGAAGAAGAACAAGAGCAUCUUUUACAAAACCUUCAGGCUUCGGAGACAUCAACGAACGAGAUCUACACCACGGUUUUCACAUGCCUGCCGCUCGUCAUCGUCUUGCCGUUUCUGUGGUAUCUGUUCAGAUCAACAUCGGGGACAAUGGUUCUCCUAUGUCUAUUGGGCAUCACCUCGCUCGUCUCCAGUGCCUACAUAAUGUACAUGGUCCCUGUUUCUACAACCCUGGGGUCUCUGUCCAACCUCACGCGAAUCGCGCGCCGGGACUACAGCGGUUCUCGGACAUCUUUUCUCCUGACUUCUGAUCAAAGUCCCAUCAACCAGUACUUGCCCUACCUCAAUGCAUUCAUCUGCGCAUUGUUGUUCCUCGCCUCCUGGGGUUAUUUGUCACGAAGUGAUGUGCCGGAGGGUCUGUGGCUGUUUCUACUGCUUCCAGGUCUUAUCUUUGGGAUGGUCUUCAUGGCGAAGCGGAGUAUGGCGGAGAUCGAGACCGGGUUGAGCGAGCUGCGCGGGAUGCGAUAUCAAUACAAAGGGGCGUGA